AGCUGGGCUCGAGAUUUUUGUUGUUGCGCUCAGCCGCCGCUUCCGACCGCUCGGCGAUGUCCCGCGGGGGAUACCCAGUAUACCCUGGGCACGCCGCUGCAAGCCUCGGAGACUGCGUCCAGCAGUAUGGCCUCCCGAGCGCACCCCCCGUCAGCACCGCCGCGGCGCGCGGUGCGCCGGCGGCGGCCUCAGGGUCAGACGCGCCCCUCCGCAGCAGAGCGGAGGCCGCACCCUCUCGCGCGCACCCGAACGGCAGGGCGGCGCCUGGCGCGGCCGCGGACUGGAGGGGCCCGUCGCCGCACGAGCUCCAGGCGCUCGGCAGCCCCAACGGCUCCGGCGCCCGCGGCCCGCAGCCCGCGCCAAGGUGUGGCCCGAGGGAGGGCGAUCUGCACCAGAGCCCCCGCGGUGGCCGUGGGCGUGCACCAGAGGUUGAUGGGCAUCACGAUGCGCCCAGCGGCCGUGCAUCGCACCCCCAGCGGCACCUGCUAGAUGCCUUCCGGGAGCCCGCCCCGAGUUGGCAUCCGAGGGAGGGGAGUCUGCACCAGAGCUCCGUCAGCGGACAUGGGCAUCUGGCGGCAGCUGAUGGCGGCGAUGCCUCGGCAGCAGAUCAUACCAGAUCUCCGUACACAGCGGGUGGACCAGAUGGCGUGAAUGAGCCCGCGCCGUGGUGGGAUCUGAGGGACGGGAGUCUGCACCAGAGCCCCGUCAGCGGACAUGGGCGUUCACUGGAAGGUGAUGGAUAUUAUGGUGCGCCCCGCGGCUAUGCGCUCCAUCCUCCGCGGCACACGCCGGGUGGACCUCUCGGCGUGAGUGAGCCCGCGCCGAGUCUGCACCAGAGCCCCGUCAGCGGACCUUGGCGCCCGCUGGAAGCCGACGUGCCCUACGGUGUGCCUGGCGGAUGUGCGCAGCAUCCCCCGCGGGCCUCGCCGCAGUGGCACGGAGCCCAAACCCGCGGUCAGCAGCGCGCUGCCGCCAGCAGCGCAGCUCCCGCCGCGGGCGGAGACGCGCCACUGUGCCGGAUGGGCAGCGCUGCCCUCCCGGGGCCCCCAGCGCCGCGGCUGGCCGGGGGCGCGGGGCGAAGGGGUGCGACUGGACACGCGGCGGGCAAGUGCAAGCCGUGCGCCUUCCACACCUCAUCCAUCCACGUGUGCCUCGACGGCGACGCCUGCGGUUUCUGCCACGAGAAACACACCUGGUCGGAGCUUCGGAGGAUGGGCUGGGGGAAGCGCAAGCGCGACCGCAUCCAGGUCCUGCUGAAGUCGGCGGGCGCCGGCGGGACCCCCGGGUCCUGGCAGGCCCAGCCGGCCUCGCCGGCAGGCGCGGCGCUGGCCUCGGAGCCACAGAUCCUCACAUUGAGUUUGUGAGCCUUCUGGCGAGUUGCCCCUUUUCGUGUCCACAGUCUCGAGGAAGAAUCUGUACGCGCGGCUUUUUCUUCGGGAAGGGCACCUGGUCAGUGAUGGGACUUGGGCCCUGGAGCCUCAGAGGUACGGUGCCGCCCUGGGCAAGAGUCACUGGGGCGGUUUUGCCGCUGCCUGUAUCUGUUCGGUGGUUGCCCAUGCCGAUUCGCGGGGGCGGUCGGGGUCGAAGAAGGGCAAUCGGCAUGCACAUUAUUCGACGCGGAGGCCCCCCAAUAUGUGCAUUCCAUUUCCUGGCACGUCCCGCCCGAAGUGAUUUGCCGUGAGUGUCUGGG